AUGACUGAAAGAGGGUAUCAACCUAAUUUGAUUGCUUACAGUAUAGUACUUAAGGGGUUGUGUAAGACCGGCAAUACUGAUAGAGCUGUUAGGUUUCUAAGACUGAUGGAAGGCAGAGGUUAUGAACCCGAUAUUGUAGCAUAUAGCACUGUCAUUGAUUGCCUUUGUAAGAACUGUUUGUUACAGGAGGCUCUCAAUCUCUUAUCUGAAAUGAAGGGUAAGGGCAUUAGACCAAAUAUCAUUACUUGCUUAAUUCAUGGUAUGUGUAAUUCAGGCCAGCAGGAGGAGGCAACAAGGCUUUUGAAUGAAAUGGUGGAUAACAAUAUUUCACUUGAUAUUGUCACAUGUACUUUAUUGAUUGAUGCUCUUUGCAAGGAAGGAAUGAUUUCUAAAGCUGUAGAGACCGUUGACAUGAUGAGAAAGCAAGGCAUUGAGCCUAAUGUUGUCACGUAUAAUACAUUGGUUGAUGCGCAUUGCAAGGAAGGGAUGGUCUCUGAAGCUGAGGAUAUUGUUGACGCAAUGAUAAAGCGAGGCAUUGAGCCUGAUGUUGUUACCUAUAGUGCAUUAGUUAAUGGUCAUUGCUUGCAGAAUAAAAUGGAUAAAGCUAGAAGAGUUUUCAACUUGAUGAUUGAGAAGGGUUGUGCACCUGAUAUAGUUACUUACAGCACCAUGAUCAAUGGAUAUUGCAAAGGUAAAAGGUUAGACGAAGCAAUGGAACUCUUUCAUGAAAUAUCUCGAAACGGACCAAUCCCGGAUACUGUCACAUACAACACUCUUAUGCAGAGUAUGUUUCAGUUAGGGAAAGUUUCAACUGCAUGUGAACUUUUUAGAAAGAUGCUUGCUUCUGGACAAGUUCCAGAUAUAGUGACCUGUUUGAUUUUGCUGGAUGGUUUAUGCAAAACAGGUCAUAUCGAAGAGGCAUUGAAACUUUUUCAAGCAAUGCAAAACAGUGGGUUGGAACUUGAUAUUGUCCCGUAUACUAUCCUAAUUGAUGGGUUUUGUAAAGCUGGGCAUAUCGAAGUUGCCAAGGAAUUAUUUCAUCAACUCUCAAACAAUGGUUUAAAACCGAAUGUUGUCACAUAUUGUGUAAUGAUUAAUAGACUGUGUAAAGAGGGAUUGCCAGAUGAAGCAUACAGGUGGUUUGGGAGCAUGGGAGAUAAUAACUGUUUGCCUAAUAGCUGCUGUUAUAAUGUAAUGAUUCGGGGGUUCCUUCGCAACAGCUAUACUUCAAAGGCAACGCAACUUCUUAUGGAAAUGGUUGGUAAGGGCUUUUCUGCAGAUAUAAUCACUGCCACCUUGUUUAUGGAUCUUAUCAUACACUCUAAUAAAUCAAUCUUGCUCUGAAAUAGUUCACAAAUUGUGCAAAGAUCAUCACUUGCAAUGUGAAUCAGUUGUACAUAACCAUUGCACAGUGAUAAAAGAUUGUGGAAACUAGAAUGAGGUUUAGUGUCUAUUUUCAAUAUUAUUGAUUUUGUUCUGACUUGUGUUGCUUGUUGAUCAUGA